CGCCGGUCAAGUAUCAUCCGGUUCUGUUUCGGCUGCGUUAGUGAAGUCCUUAGAAGGAGAGUAUUGAAAGUCGACGAGUUAAUAGUCGAACAAGAGUGUGACUGUGGUGACGUUUAAGCAGCGUAUCGAGCGCCUGGCUCCGCUAACUGCGAACAUGUUUUCCUUGACGGUGACGGUCCAGCCACAGAUGACCGUACCUCUUGGUCACCUUAUCAACGUACUUCACUCGUUAAAAAGCUCAGUGGGAUCAAGCAGUGUGUCCUGCCAGCCAAGAAAACACAAGGAGCAUCUGUCAAACACACAACUACCCCGUAGAGAGCCUAUAUGUCACCUGCAGGAACUUGGAUUAUCAGAGGUCGGACCUCAAAAGUUGGACGAGAUUGUAAACAGUAUGUUACCUAACCUAGGCCUGCAGAACCUUCCCAGUCUACCAGGUGAUCAGACUCCGUGGAGAACCUCACAUAAGUCUACCCACUCGUUUUUUCACAACAAAAAUGGAUGCCCUUCUGUUAAAUUACCAAGGUUGACCCAAGGUUUUUCACGACAACAUUUGCCACUACAGCACGUCUGCACAGAGCUCCAGCAUACGUCGAGUUACUUGUCGCUCCAGAUCAGGGGGUUUAAAACUUUAAGAAACAAAACCCGACGCCUGCAGUCACGCCCUGUGGAAUCUGAGGGGUUCGCACCAAGUUUUAUGAAGGGUUUGCUUUCGCGUAACAAGGGGGUCGAUCUGGAAUUCGUGGAGAAUCUGUUGAAGAACAAGAACGUCCCUAACGGUCAACAGGAUACCUUUAAGAGGGGCUUCGCAGAGGGGUUCCUGAAAGCUCAAGCCUUGACGCAACGUACACAAGAAUCUCUGAGGAGGACUCGUUUCAUCCUGCUGGCACUUCUCCUUAUCGGGCUUUAUGGUAUCUCCAAAACACCAUUCCUAUCAGUACGGUUUCGAGCCACAUCAGGCCUGGAUUCGCCCGUUGACCCUGUCCUUCUCAAGAAUGUCAACUUUGAACACGUCAAAGGUAUAGAAGAGGCCAAAAACGAGCUGCAGGAUGUGGUGGAGUUCCUGAAAAACCCACAGAAGUUCACAACACUUGGAGGAAAGCUGCCUAAAGGAGUUCUCCUGGUGGGACCCCCAGGCACUGGAAAGACCCUGCUGGCCAGAGCUGUAGCUGGAGAGGCUAACGUCCCCUUCUACUAUGCCUCCGGGUCGGAAUUUGACGAGAUGUUUGUCGGAGUUGGAGCCAGUCGAAUCCGCAACCUUUUCAGGGAGGCUAAAGCCAAUGCUCCCUGUGUGAUCUUCAUUGAUGAAUUGGACAGUGUGGGUGGAAAAAGGAUCGAGUCUCCCAUCCAUCCUUACUCCAGACAGACUAUCAACCAGCUUCUUGCUGAGAUGGACGGGUUUAAACCAAAUGAAGGUGUGAUCAUCAUUGGAGCAACGAACUUUCCCGAAGCUUUGGAUAACGCUCUGAUCCGUCCAGGACGUUUUGACAUGCAGGUGACUGUCCCUAAACCAGAUGUAAAAGGACGCACAGAGAUCAUCAACUGGUACCUGGACAAGAUCGUAGUGGAUCCAGCUAUUGAAGCCAGUAUCAUAGCCCGAGGCACUGUGGGCUUCUCUGGAGCCGAUCUGGAAAAUCUGGUCAACCAGGCGGCCCUGAAGGCAGCAGUCGAUGGCAAAGACAUGGUCACUAUGAAGGAGCUUGAAUUUGCUAAAGAUAAACUACUCAUGGGCCCCGAGAGGAGGAGUGCAGAAAUAGACAAAAAGAACAAGCUGAUCACGGCGUAUCAUGAAUCAGGCCACGCCAUCGUAGCGUAUUACACCAAAGACGCCAUGCCCAUCAAUAAGGCUACGAUCAUGCCCAGAGGACCAAGUCUGGGACAUGUGUCUAUGCUUCCGGAAAAUGAUCGCUGGAAUGAGACCCGUUCGCAGUUACUGGCCCAGAUGGAUGUUAGCAUGGGUGGACGUGUAGCGGAAGAGAUAAUGUUCGGUCAGGACUACAUCACAACCGGAGCAUCGAGUGACUUCGACAGCGCCACUGGCAUUGCCAAAUUGAUGGUGACCAGAUUUGGCAUGUGUAAAAACCUUGGGGUGAUGACGUACGCAGACAUGUCAAAACAAAGUCCCGAGACUCAAGCUGCGGUAGAGCAAGAAAUUAGGGCGCUGCUAAAGGAGUCUUAUGAGCGUGCAAAAGCGCUGCUGAAAUCACACGCCAGGGAACACAAGAGGCUGGCAGAGGCUCUGCUUGAAUAUGAAACGCUGGACGCCAAAGAAAUCCAGCUGGUCCUGAAAGGCAAGACUCUAGAGUCAAGAUAAGAAAAAAAUAAUACAUUUCAAUCCUAGAAAGCCGUCCGGACCUCUGGGGGGGGCGGAAUAGACUACUUGGCAGCACGUCCCAGUGCCGCAUUUUCCGGACGUCGCCGAUGUCGCACUUUUAUUUUUUCGUCCUUGGACUGGGUUUGCGACUUACGCUCAGGUGCGACUUGUGUAUUUAAAAUAUAUAAUUUCACUUGUUUGUUAUUUUCACACUGAUGGCCACUAGAGGGCUCUCUAGGCUUGUGUGCCAGUAUCUGCUACUCUUGUAAAAUUUUACGUUUCUUAUUUUCACAUUGACAGCAGCUAGGUGGCACUGGUGCGACUUACAGUAUAUGGAGGUUUGCUAACACAACAGGUUGAAGUGAUAUUUUAAGUACUGUUUAGGAUACUGCUCAGGUCACUGGUGUUAUAAGAAAUAAAUGAAAAUAAAUUGUACAGUACGCUGCCUGAGGGCGGCCUCUUGGUAGAAAUGUCCCCGUGGGUGUGUGUUUAUUUUUCUGUUCAGGUAACGGCUGUAAAGACUAAAACUGCGGUCUCUCGGAAC